UCCCUUUAGUUAUUCAUAAACACCUACAGCAUAUGUUACCACCUGCCAGUGUGAGACUCGUCAUAUCAGUCAGUACGUAUCUUCCGUAGCAGGUAGGCCAGUUGUCAGCUGAUACAGUCGUCUAUUUCGCGUCAGCCAUGUUCACCUUGGCGUUUGCAUUCUCCGUCGUGCUGUCUGUGUUGAGUGACAGUUAUAUAAUCGACAACACUGGAGGACUGGGGAGGCAGUUCGAUGGGUUCGGGGCCAUCAGCGGUGGUGGGGCAACGUCCAAGUUAUUGGUAAACUACCCCGAGAAACAGCGAAAUGAGAUUCUGGAUUUGCUGUUCAAGCCUAAUUACGGUGCCUCCUUAGAUAUACUGAAAGUGGAAAUCGGGUCGGAUGCGCAGAGUUCAGACGGGACCGAGGCAACGCACAUGCGCACAGCCACAGAUCAGAAUUACACCAGGGGAUAUGAAUGGUGGUUGAUGAAAGAGGCCAAACAGAGGAACCCCAACAUCAAGUUAUACGGUCUCCCCUGGGGGUGGCCCGGCUGGGUGGGGUGGAACCUGUACGACACCUCCGACCAGACCGCCUCGUACAUUGUCAACUGGGUCCUGGGAGCUAACGCUACCCACGGGCUACACAUAGACUAUGUUGGGAUAUGGAAUGAGAGAAUGUACAACGUUGAGUACAUAAAAACGCUGAGGAAGACACUAGACAGACACGGUCUAGUAGACACACAUAUCGUGGCUCCCGACAAUUUCCACUGGGAUAUAGCUGAUGACAUUUUGGCGGACCCUGAGCUUGCACAGGCGCUUUAUGCUAUUGGGUCGCAUUACCCCACCACAAGAAGCACACCGACAGCGGUGAAGACAGGGAAGCGUCUCUGGGCGUCGGAGGAUAACGCAGAAGUGAACUGGAACAGGAACUAUGUCAAUGGAAACAUGACAGGUACAAUUGUAUGGCCCUUGAUCGCCAGCUACUAUGAAGGACUACCAUACUACCCCGCAGGACUGAUGACAGCCUCCGAACCAUGGAGCGGGUACUUCCCUGAACCUACAAAAAUAUGGCUUGCCGCUCACACAACCCAGUUUACACAGCCCGGAUGGACGUUCCUACGUCACGGAGCGGGAGUUGGGGCCUUCAAAUAUGGCGGCACAUACGCCGCUCUGGUUAGUCCAGAAGGAAAUGACGUCACUAUCAUAAUUGAAACUUUGAAUGACGUCAGCGACCUUGGCAGCCCCCAAAAUGUUACGUUACAACUCAAGGGAACCAUUGCAAACAUCUCACAGUUCAAUGUCUGGUAUUCCAACACGGAGACGGACGAGUACUUCAUUAAAAAGCCAGUCAUACAGACGGUGGGUGGGCUGGUCAAUCUAGCCCUUGGCGUGAAUGAAAUGUACACACUUACAACGUUGACCACUGGCAACAAAGGAGCGUACACCCAGCCGCCACCUUCAAAGCCUUUCCCGCUUCCAUUUACGGAGCAAUUUGAAAGUUACCAGGUUGGCGAAGAGCCAUUUCUCUUCUCCCAGCAAAUAGGAGCGUUCGAUGUCGUGAAAGCUGACGCCGCCCAUGGUAACGUCAUGAGGCAGGAAACUACACAACAACCGGUCACCUGGUGCACGGCCGACUGGACGGAAAGGCCUAUCACACUCAUAGGGGACAUUACCUGGACGGACAUCUACCUGGAGGUCGACUUUCGGGUCCCGGCGGUCUCAGGGGCUCCAGAUGGUGUAUUCAUAGCAUCUCGUGUUACAGAGGGCGGUUGUGACGUCACACUUGCAUUUGGAGUCAUACUAUACAUGGACGUCAGACAUCAGACAUUUCACCUGGCAGCCAACUUCCUUUUAAAUCAGAUCAUCACAGAGGGGAACUUCACAUAUGCUGACGGAUGGAACACCGCAUCUCUCCUCGUGAAGGGUCUAGAGGCUACCGGCACUGUUAACGGAAAACCUUUGUUCAGUACGUCAAUUCCAUCUGCAAUAACAGCUGGAUUUGUCGGUAUGGGGACAAGGGGAUACGGACUAGCCGAUUUUGACAACGUGAACAUAACACCUGCACAAGACAGACUCAACAGAAUGGAAAUGAUGAAAUCCGGAUCUAAUUCUUUGCUUCCUUGACGGAACUUAAAGAUUAAACGUGGAUGAAUGUUCAUAUCCAUUUGUUGUAAUCUGUGUGAUUAAUGUAACACAUAUUUGUAUUAAAUGAUUUCAGAUAAUUAA